CGCGAGAGUACAGAUCCAAGAAGCGCGAGAGAACAGAACUCACACAGAGAGAGACAGACAGACAUUACCCGGCCUACAGCUACCAGCAUGACCGACACACACAGCGAUGGUACCGACAGUAAGCCCCUGGCCUUCCGCAGUCAGAAGGAGAUGUUUAUGAAAAUGGAGGAAUCGUUUAAAUUCUGCGCCAAAUGUGGGAAAAAGCCUUCAGACACUGCAGACACUCUGAAACGCUGUGCCAGGUGUCUGAAUGUAUAUUACUGCUGUAAGGACUGUCAGAAGGAGGACUGGUCCCUGCAUAAGAAAUUCUGUCCACAACUUCGUAAAGCUGCGAUAGACAGACUCGUAGAGUGGCUCUUAUAUCAGGGAGACCUUCCCUUCCCCACAGAGGCGUGGUCUCGUCCCACCAAAGAGGUGCGGUCCUUUGAGGACUGGCUCUCCAUGCAGGGUGACCUCACGCCCCGCCUUCAGCCCAUCCUCUCCAGCCAGAACAUGACAGACCUCUGGACCAAUGCCUGCCGCCCACGGCCGGAGGAGGCGGAGCUUCGUGAGUCUGUGUGGCGAGUGUGCAGCGAGUUCUUUUCACGCCCGCUGACGAUCGGAAUGGCGAUGCAGAUGUACAGCCUGAACCCCUACUCACGCCCACUCACCAUCCACGUGGUGGGAGCAGGAAACGCCGAGACCCUGGGGGCCCGAACCACCGACCUGGACGAGCUGAGCCGCAUGUUUCCUGGGCACCAGGGCCUGGAGGUGGUGAUGGUGGGGCCGGAAGUGGUGAAGAGCCCCAUCAUGAGGCCCCCGCUGAGGGCGUUUGGACCCAGAGGAAGGGUCUACAUCAGCGCCUACAAGGGUCUGUACCACCAGUUCUGGGAGGAAGUCGUGGAGAAAGGGGAGGCGGCCAGACCGGACCUCGUGAUCGGGUUUCACCCAGGGUUUGAAUCCAGUCAGAGUAUGUCUGAUGGCUGGUUGCCCACACUGCUGCUGCUGAGGGACUACAGUAUCCCCACCUUCUUCACCAUGAGCAGUGAGAGUGAGCUGCAGUAUUCUCUGCAGAUUCUGCUGGAGUUGGAGAUGGACAUUAAGGGAACCGGGCCGAACCCCUUCAGUUCCCAGAAGGCCGAGCAGGUGCAGUCCUGCCCCAACAAACAACCCAACUACUGUAACGCCUUCUAUCUGCACUUCCAGGGCCUGCUGGAGACCGCCCUGGAGGAGGAGCUACAGGAGUAGAACCACAGAACCUCCAAAAAAACUACAAGACAUACAGAUUAGCUAUAGAACCUUCAAUAAGACCCUCCAUUUGAACUGGAGAUCUUUCAAAGAAUCUGCAGAACCUCUCAUAGAAAUGUAGAAAUUCCAGUACAGCUAUUUACCCUUCAGUAGGCCCUCCAUAUAGAUCCUCCAAAAGACCUUAAAGUAGACCCUCUGCAGAACCUUCAAAGGAACUGUAGAACUUAUAGUAGAAGUGCAGAACCUCCAGUGUAGCUAUUGACCCUCCAUGCAGAUCAUCCACAAGACCUUCCAGUAGACCCUCUGCAGAACCUCCAAAAGACUCUCCUAUAGACCCUCUGCAGAACCUCCAAAAGACUCUCCUAUAGACCCUCUGCAGAACCUCCAAUGGACCCUCCAAUAGACCCUCUGCAGAACCUCCAAAAGACUCUCCUAUAGACCCUCUGCAGAAUCUCCAAAGGACCCUCCAAUAGACCCUCUGCAGAAUCUCCAAAGGACCCUCCUAUAGACCCUCUGCAGAACCUCCAAAGGACUUUCAAAUAGACCCUCUGCAGAACCUCCAAAAGACUCCCCUAUAGACCCUCUGCAGAAUCUCCAAAGGACCCUCCAAUAGACCCUCUGCAGAACCUCCAAAAGACUCCCCUAUAGACCCUCUGCAUAACCUCCAAAGGACUCUCCUAUAGACCGUCUGCAGAAUCUCCAAAGGACCCUCCAAUAGACAUUCUGCAGAACCUCCAAAGGACCCUCCAAUAGACAUUCUGCAGAACCUCCAAAGGACCCUCCAAUAGACCCUCUGCAGAACCUCCAAAGGACUCUCCUAUAGACCCUCUGCAGAACCUCCAAAGGACUCUCCUAUAGACCCUCUGCAGAACAUUCAAAGGACUUUCCAAUGGACCCUCUGCAGAACCUUCAAAGGACUUUCCAAUGUACCCUCUGCAGAACCUCCAAAGGACUUUCCAAUAGACCCUCUGCAGAACCUCCAAAGGACCCUCUAAUAGACCCUCUGCAGAACCUCCAAAAGACCUUCCAAUUCACCCUCUUGAAGUGGUCCUCCAAUAGACCCUCUGCAGAACCUCCAAAGGACUCUCCUAUAGACCCUCUGCCGAACCUUCAAAGGACUUUCCAAUGGACCCUCUGCAGAAGCUCCAAAAGACUCUCCUAUAGACCCUCUGUAGAACCUCCAAAGGACUCUCCAAUAGAUCCUCUGCAGAACCUUCAAAAGACCCUCCAAUAGACCCUCUGCAGAACCUUCAAAGGACUCUCCUAUAGACCCUCUGCAGAACCUCCAAAGGACUCUCCUAUAGACCCUCUGCAGAACAUUCAAAGGACUUUCCAAUGGACCCUCUGCAGAACCUCCAAAGGACUCUCCUAUAGACCCUCUGCAGAAUCUCCAAAAGACUCUCCUAUAGACCCUCUACAGAACCUCCAAAGGACUUUCCAAUAGACCCUCUGCAGAACCUCCAAAGGACCCUCCAAUAGAUCCUCUGCAGAACCUUCAAAAGACCCUCCAAUAGACCCUCUGCAGAACCUCCAAAGGACUCUCCUAUAGACCCUCUGCAGAACCUCCAAAGGACUCUCCAAUAGACCCUCUGCAGAACCUUUAAAGGACUUUCCAAUGGACCCUCUGCAGAACCUCCAAAGGACUCUCCUAUAGACCCUCUGCAAAACCUCCAAAGGACUCUACUAUAGACCCUCUGUAGAACCUCCAAAAGACUCUCCAAUAGACCCUCUGCAGAACCUCCAAAGGACUCUCCAAUAGACCAUCUGCAGAACCUCCAAAAGAUCCUAUAAUAGACCCUCUGCAGAAUCCUCAAAGGAACUGUAGAACCAAUAGUGGAACUGCAGAACCUCCAGUUCAGCUAUGUUCAACAGACUCUCCAUAAGAACUGCAGAAGGGAAAUGAACUGCAAAGGAACCUUCAGGGAACUACAGAACCUCUAGUAGAACUGCUCUCCCCCCAGUGGACCUAUGGUACCAUAUUUUUACAGAAUUUUGGAAUGUUGAGUACAAAUGUAAAACCUACACUUCACACUAUGGUAGAACAUCAACCUGACGUUUGAUAUCUUUUUUAUUGAUUGUAUGGAUUAUGCUUGUUGUUUUAUUGAUUUUGUGGAACAUAAAGGUUUAUUGAUUAUUGA